AGCUGGGCUCUGGUAGGCUAAUGGGACCGAAGGGCGUGUCAGUGGAUCAGAACGGUCAUGUGAUCGUCGUUGACAACAAGGCAUGCACUGUCUUCAUCUUCCAGCCAACCGGCAAGCUCGUUUCUAAAUUCGGUAGCCGCGGCAACGGAGACAAACAGUUUGCAGGUCCUCAUUUUGCAGCCGUCAACAACAACAAUGAGAUCAUAGUGACAGACUUCCACAACCACUCAGUCAAGGUGUUCACCCCAGAGGGAGAGCUGCUGUUGAAGUUUGGAUCUAACGGAGAGGGCAACGGUCAAUUUAAUGCUCCGACAGGCGUGGCCGUCGAUGUGAAUGGGAACAUCAUUGUAGCUGACUGGGGCAACAGCCGCAUACAGGUGUUUGACGGUAGUGGCUCCUUCCUGUCCUAUAUCAACACAUCAGCUGACCCUCUCUACGGACCUCAGGGUCUGGCUCUCACCUCUGAUGGACACGUGGUGGUGGCCGACUCUGGGAACCACUGCUUCAAGGUCUACAGAUACCUACAGUAAUAGAGGGAGUGAGAAGAGAGAUGGAGAGAUGGAUGGACAGAACCACUGCUUCAAGGUCUACAGAUACCUACAGUAAUAGAGGGAGUGAGAAGAGAGAUGGAGAGAUGGAUGGACAGAACCACUGCUUCAAGGUCUACAGAUACCUACAGUAAUAGAGGGAGUGAGAAGAGAGAUGGAGAGAUGGAUGGACAGAACCACUGUUUCAAGGUCUACAGACACCUACAGUAAUAGAGGGAGGGAGGUAUGGGUGAAUGGAUGGAGGGA